GGCCCCGCCCCCGGCAUCUCAUUAAGGCGAGUGUGUUCCUCUCGCCCUGUCAAUAAUCUCCGCUCCCAGACUACUCCGUUCCUCCGGAUUUCGAUCCCCCUUUUUCUAUCUGUCAAUCAGCGCCGCCUUUGAACUGAAAAGCUCUCAGUCUAACUUCAACUCACUCAAAUCCGAGCGGCACGAGCACCUCCUGUAUCUUCGGCUUCCCCCCCCUUUGCUCUUUAUAUCUGACUUCUUGUUGUUGUUGGUGUUUUUUUACCCCCCUUUUUUUAUUUAUUAUUUUUUUGCACAUUGAUCGGAUCCUUGGGAACGAGAGAAAAAAGAAACCCAAACUCACGCGUGCAGAAGAUCUUCCCCCCCUCCCCUCCCCUCCUCCCUCUUUUCCCCUCCCCAGGAGAGAAAGACCCCCAAGAGAAAAAAAAGUUCACCUUGGACUCGUCGUUUUCUUGCAAUAUUUUUUUUGGGGGGGCAAAACUUUUUUGGGGUGAUUUUUUUUUUUUUUUUUUGGUUUUUCUUCUUCCAUUUUUCUUCCAAAAUUGCUGCUGGUGGGUGAAAAAAAAUGCCGCAGCUGAACGGCGGUGGAGGGGAUGACCUAGGCGCCAACGACGAACUCAUCUCCUUCAAAGACGAGGGCGAGCAGGAGGAGAAGAGCUCCGAAAACUCCUCGGCAGAGAGGGAUUUAGCUGAUGUCAAAUCGUCUCUAGUCAAUGAAUCAGAAACGAAUCAAAACAGCUCCUCCGAUUCCGAGGCGGAAAGACGGCCUCCGCCUCGCUCCGAAAGUUUCCGAGAUAAAUCCCGGGAAAGUUUGGAAGAAGCGGCCAAGAGGCAAGAUGGAGGGCUCUUUAAGGGGCCACCGUAUCCCGGCUACCCCUUCAUCAUGAUCCCCGACCUGACGAGCCCCUACCUCCCCAACGGAUCGCUCUCGCCCACCGCCCGAACCCUCCAUUUUCAGUCCGGCAGCACACAUUACUCUGCGUACAAAAUGAUUGAACACCAGAUUGCAAUUCAGUACCUGCAGAUGAAAUGGCCACUGCUGGAUGUCCAGGCAGGGAGCCUCCAGAGCAGACAAGCCCUCAAGGAUGCCCGGUCCCCAUCGCCGGCACACAUUGUCAGCCCCCACCCUUGCUGCACUCAGGGCCAUGACUGUCAGCACUUCUAUCCCCCCUCAGACUUCACUGUCAGCACUCAACUCUUCAGGGACAUGAAAAGGAGCCACUCCUUACAAAAGGUUGGGGAUCCCUGGUGUGUGGAGUCGAACAAAGUGCCAGUGGUGCAGCACCCGCACCAUGUCCACCCCCUCACACCUCUCAUCACAUACAGCAAUGAACACUUCACCCCGGGAAACCCACCUCCACACUUACCAGCCGACGUAGACCCCAAAACAGGAAUCCCACGGCCUCCGCACCCUCCAGAUAUAUCCCCGUAUUACCCGCUAUCGCCCGGCACCGUAGGACAAAUCCCCCAUCCGCUAGGAUGGUUAGUACCACAGCAAGGUCAACCAGUGUACCCAAUCACGACAGGAGGAUUCAGACAUCCCUACCCCACAGCUCUGACUGUCAACGCUUCCAUGUCCAGCUUUCUGUCUUCUAGGUUCCCUCCCCACAUGGUUCCACCUCAUCAUACUCUGCACACGACCGGCAUCCCCCAUCCGGCCAUAGUCACGCCAACAGUCAAACAAGAAUCCUCUCAGAGUGACGUCGGCUCCCUCCAUAGCUCAAAGCAUCAGGACUCCAAAAAGGAAGAAGAAAAGAAGAAGCCCCACAUAAAGAAACCUCUUAAUGCAUUCAUGUUGUAUAUGAAGGAAAUGAGAGCAAAGGUUGUAGCUGAGUGCACCUUGAAAGAGAGUGCGGCCAUCAACCAGAUCCUCGGGCGAAGGUGGCAUGCACUGUCCAGAGAAGAGCAAGCGAAAUACUAUGAGCUGGCCCGGAAGGAGCGGCAGCUUCACAUGCAGCUAUACCCCGGCUGGUCCGCGCGGGAUAACUAUGGGAAGAAGAAGAAGAGGAAAAGGGACAAGCAGCCUGGAGAGACGAAUGAACACAGCGAAUGUUUCCUAAAUCCUUGCCUUUCACUUCCUCCGAUUACAGACCUGAGCGCUCCUAAGAAAUGCCGAGCGCGCUUUGGCCUUGAUCAACAGAAUAACUGGUGCGGCCCUUGCAGGAGAAAAAAAAAGUGCGUUCGCUACAUACAAGGUGAAGGGAGCUGCCUCAGCCCACCCUCUUCAGAUGGAAGCUUACUAGACUCGCCUCCUCCCUCCCCCAACCUGCUAGGCUCCCCUCCCCGAGACGCCAAGUCACAGACUGAGCAGACCCAGCCUCUGUCGCUGUCCCUCAAGCCCGACCCCCUGGCCCACCUGUCCCUGAUGCCGCCGCCGCCCGCCCUGCUGCUCGCCGAGGCCGCCCACGGCAAGGCCCCCGCCCUGUGCCCCAACGGGGCCCUGGACCUGCCCCCCGCCGCCCUGCCGCCGCCCUUGCCGCCCGCCGGCCCCUCCGCGCCGCCGCUGGCGCAGCCGUCGACCUCUUCCUUACAUUCCCACGGCCCCCUGGCCGCGCCCCAGCCCCAGCCGCUCUCCCUGGUCACCAAGUCUCUAGAGUAGCGCUAGCGUCGCCGGCCCCCGCUCUGUGUCGCGUCCUGUCCGCUCGCUCUCCGUCUGCGCCCCCUCCCCCACUUCCAGAGGUUUCGUUUUGUAACUCUUUUCAUUUCGUGCCACGUGGCUACAUUAGUUGAUGUUUAUGGAGUUCAUUGGUCAAUAUUUGACCCAUUCUUAUUUCAAUUUCUCCUUUUAAAUAUGUAGAUGAGAGAAGAACCUCAUGAUUCUACCAAAAUUUUUAUCAACAGCUGUUUAAAGUCUUUGUAGCGUUUAAAAAAAUAUAUAUAUAUACAUAACUGUUAUGUAGUUCGGAUAGCUUAGUUUUAAAAGACUGAUUAAAAAACAAAAAGGAUAAAAAAAAAAAGAAGCAGCAAUUUUGAAGCAGCCCUCCCGAAGGAGUUGGUUCUGUAUUAUUUGUAUUAAAUACGAGCUUGCGAACCAAUCAUCUUACAUCUGGUUUUUAAACCAUAAGGGCACGAGGAAUGCAGUGCCAUUACUUUUUUUUUCCUUUCUGUGUGAAACAACUUUUAUUGUGAUGUUACUUGUUAUUGUUUAAAUGUACAGAAACAAAGGGUUAAGAUGUGUUAAUAUACCUUGUUCCAUGGUGUUGUUCUUUUGGGGGGAGGGGAUGCUACUUCUCAAUUAAUGGAAUCACAAUGCUGUUGGGCCAGUAGUAUUUAUUGCUUUAGAGAUUGCUUGUUGUACCUGUAUGUUGUCUCUUUUUAAAUAUGUUUUCCUUUUUCUUGAAACUGUAUAAAGUUUUUUUCCCCCCUUAGCAUAAGCAUCUUAUAUAUAACAACUCAUUUGUACAAGGUUUUUAAGUUUAUAUAUAAAAUGUGUAUAUAUUAUUUUUUUGUUUCCCUUUUGGAUUUUUUUUUUUUUGUGUGCUGUAUGAAACCCAGAUGCCACCAAAUGGACAUUAAUAGUUGCAUUAAGGAUCAGUAGCAUUAACAAAAGUUGCUUUAAAAGCCAUUAUGUAAAAGAAGACUUGAAAAUUAGUGAGGGAAUUUUUAGCGACGCUAUCUGAGCAGCAGUGGGAACCAGCCUUGUUUCCCCUUUGAACUCCCAGUCGGAUGCCCUGCGCCCUUAGGACAUGGACUGACCGUGUGCAAAACUUUUAUGUGCCAAAAUUCUCAGUGACUUUAGCUUUCUCCCUCUUUUUGAUGCUGUAUUUUUUGUUCAUCAUGUUUUGCUGUGAUGUUACAUAGGUAGCUUUGUAUGUAGUUUUAAUGUCACCUAUAACAAAAUGUGUUUGGUAGCAAGAUUGUCCAGAAAGCAUUUUAAAUGAAGAGGUAUAAACCCUUAAGGGCCAAAAUUCUGUAUAUUAGAUUACUCUUAAAUGAAAAACCAGCUGCCACUUUUAUGUACACAUAUUACAUACAAGCAGGUAGCAAACUUUAACAAUAAAAAAACCUAGGCAUGUUGAUGUUGCAAAAUGCUGUAUAAAGCUAAAACCUGUUCAUUCAGUGCCAUUGUAGUUGACAUGAAGCGAUUGUAAAACUGUCUCCGAUUUUUCUCUGGUUUAUUAAAAUGCUAACUAUAACAUUUUUUGUGAAUACUUUGAAUGUUUCCUAACAGUUGUGAUGUUACUGUUCCGUUUUAUGCUCUUAUUCCAAGUUCAUUUUUAAUGGUUUGGAAGCCAUUUUUUGUAAUGAAUAAAUGUUCAUGCUGUACAGUAUCUGUAGCAUGCCGUUCUGGAUUAAUAAAAGCAACUUAGUAUGUGCAGAUAAA